AGUAUUUAAGUGAUGCACAGCUGGCUCUGCGGCCGCCAUAUUCAGCCCUUGGUUUUAUUGCCGCCCGGUUCGGUUCCUUCACCCGGGGAGGGAGUGCCGGGCGGAUUCCAGUCGCAGCGUUGUUUGGCUGCUCGACCAGGAUCUGGAGGCCCGUUCGGAAGGUGCUGGACGGCUUUCAUGACGAGAUAUUCAAAUUCUACCGGUGGACUGAAGCAUAGCCAUUGUAACACCUCUCUACAGGAAGGGAGAGAAGGAUAAACCAGAUGAGCAGCAACAGUAACAAGCGAGCUCCAACAACAGCAACACAGAGACUUAAACAGGACUAUCUUCGAAUAAAGAAAGACCCAGUGCCUUAUAUCUGUGCUGAACCUCUCCCAUCUAAUAUUCUUGAAUGGCAUUAUGUGGUACGAGGCCCUGAGAAAACACCGUAUGAGGGUGGUCUUUAUCAUGGGAAGCUAGUUUUCCCAAGAGAAUUUCCAUUCAAACCACCUAGUAUUUAUAUGAUUACACCUAAUGGAAGAUUCAAGUGUAAUACCCGGUUAUGUCUUUCAAUCACUGAUUUCCAUCCAGAUACUUGGAACCCAGCCUGGUCUGUUUCCACAAUCCUGACGGGUCUCCUUAGCUUCAUGGUAGAGAAAGGCCCUACAUUGGGCAGUAUUGAAACUUCAGAAUAUACAAAAAGACAACUUGCUGCCCAAAGCAGUGCCUUUAAUCUAAAGGAUAAAGUGUUUUGUGAGCUCUUCCCAGACUUAGUGGAGGAAAUAAAAGAAAAGCAACGGGCACAAGAACUAAGUAACAGGGCGCAGGCUCUGCCUUUACCUGAUGUUAUCCCUGAUGGAGAAAUGCACCAGAAUGGUAUGCCACUUCUUAAUGGGCACGCAGUACUACCAGCUGCCAACCAUCAAGGCCUUCAACAGGCCAACCGAAACCAUGGACUCCUAGGGGGAGCCUUAGCAAACUUGUUCGUCAUUGUUGGUUUUGCAGCAUUUGCCUACACAGUGAAAUACGUGUUACGAAGCAUAGCACAAGAAUAAAGCUGGCGACGUGACCAAACUUGCAAGCAAAUCUGUCCCCUUUUGGGGAAACUUUGCAGAAGAGGAAAGACGUUAGACUGCGCUGGAGUGAUGUAAUUAAAAUUACAUUUGUAUAUGUACAAAAUAUGACCAACCAGAGCCUAUGGUUUUCUUUCAAGUGAAUGGAUCAAUGAAGCUAACAAAUAAUUCAAGAAUAUGCAGAAGGUUCGGAUUUACUGCGCUGGUCAUGUGUACUUUACAGUGGGUGACCAAUAGUAUGCCUCUAAUUAUGAUUGUCAAACUAGCAUUAUUUUGAAAAGGGGCAUGUUUUGCAGCGACAUUUUCAGAUUUUAAUUGUUUACUUCAAUGAUUAAAGAUAUCUACCCCAGUGUAAAUGACUUUUUAAUGUAUUUAUAUUACUGUUGUAUUUAGACUAUACAGGAAGUAUUUCUGGGAUAACACAAUACAAAAAGUGAAUGCCGAGCAAAGUAAAACUGGGUAUGAACUUAAGUAAUUUUAAAAUAGUUACUUUUUAUUUUAAUAAAAUGAUGAAAGGCAAUUGUGGUCGUCCAGUGUAAAAUAAGUGGCCGCCUGAGAGAUCGAGACCUUAUGCACAUUCCUACAAGCAAAUUAGAAGCUUUUCCUCAUUAAGUUUAAUGGAUAAUCCUUGCCAAAACUGUCAGGGAAACCAUCAUUUUUGUAAUUGAUUUCCUCAAAUGCUCAAUGCACUAUUUGUGUUGCUGAGAAUGACACUGUAAUAGAAAUAAUUAUUUAAUCGGUUAUUUCUGGAAGAUGGUUAUGUUUUUUCCUCAUUACGACACCUUUGGAAUUUAGCAAUACAGUUUUUCAAAACAACAAAACAACCUGCACAAAAUUUUUACUUGGCUUAAUAUUUAGCGAUAUAAUUGCAAUCUACUAGUUUAAUGAGACGAGCCUUUGCAAUGUCUUGUUCCAUUUUCAUCAGUGGCAUUAAGUGUUAAAAUAGGAUAUUUGGAAUUUUAAAUAUCAUCUCUAGCAAGCAAUAGAAAUUAGAUUAGAUUUUUCACUUGUUUGAAGAACAGUGCAAUUUUGUCAAAUUCAUGUAAUUCCCUGGAUAUUGAUAUAUACCUGCCCUCCGCUCUAUUGAGCAGGUUAUGCAUAAUUGCAGCAACCACAUUAUAAAUGACUACUAAUUAAAAUUAGACUAUAUUAGUGGUAUCCAUUGUCUUUAAUACAUAGAUAGCUGAAGAGAGCCUAAAAAUCUUCCAGAAAUCAUAGUCAAUUUCCUGACAAGAUUGGUGUUAUUGUAAGUGUAAAGUCCAUGAUUUUAUUCUGAAAGUAUCGAGUAGGGAAAUGUUUGUCAUAUAAAGUUUCUAUGGUUCUACCUUAUAAUGUGCAAAAUAAUCUGUCAAGUCUUUGGAAGGUGUUUUUCGAAAGUUGCUCUGGAAUUGAGAAAGUGUUGGUGACUAUAUUUUGGAAUUAUUGAAACAGAACAAUAGAAAGAUGGUGCAAGUUAAUUAAACUGACAAGCAUACUUUGCAAGGCCUUUACCUAAUUCAUACAACUAUUAAUAUGAAUUUAUGGAUAUUUUCCUUUUAAAGCUAAAAGCCCCCUACAUAAAUAUCUAGAAAUCAUUAAUGAGCCUUGCCAGGAAAGAUCUAUUUAGAACUUCAAAAUAAAAAGUUGACUUUAGUAUAUGGUAGGUUUAUGUUCUGAUCUGUGUUUCAGUUUGUAAAAUCAAUAAAUUCUUUAUCACAACUGUAAAUGCAACUGUUCCAUUUUUAUGCCAGAUUUUUCACCAAUCUAUCUUUGUUACUGUUAUCUGAUGACAUGAAGCAAUGAGCAAAGAUUGUUGGACACCUCAGAUUGUUAGAAUGAAAUUCAUCAUGUCUCCCAAGAUCUUGUGUUCUGAGCUUGCAUUUACCAUAUACUAGGUACUGAAUUUGGGCUGAGGAAAUUGAUCUGGUUUGUUAAAGUAGCCAAAGAAAUGGCAUAGCAAAUUGAGAGUUUAAAACUUGAGAGGAAUAUUGACCAUGGACAAAGGAAGGUAUAGCAGCAGAUUUAGAAGAGAAAUGUGUAUGUCAAAUGUUUAAUAGUGACAAUACUGAAGUUCUUAAUGAGUAGAAGGUACUGCAGCAAAAAAAAUAGAAUUUUCAAAGUAAGAUUAUUAUCAAGGAACAUGUAUGUCACCAUGUACAACCCUGAGAUUCAUUUUUUUGUGGGCAUACACAGUAAAAUCCAAGAAACUCAAUAGAAUCAAUGAAAGACAAACAACCAAUGUGCAAAGACAGCAAGCUGCCAACUGGUGGCUGUCGUCUCCAAGUUUCGUGGCAUUUUUGCCCCACUAAUAGGAUAAACUGAUAUUGAGGCUUGGGCCUGCUCUAGCUGUUCCAGGGAGUGGAUCUAAGGACACAAUCUGGUUCAGAAUGCUGUUGUUUGCCUGUAUUGUUUGCAUGAUGUGUGUGUGUGUGUGUGUGUUUUUCCCUCUUCUCUCUAUGCAAUGCUUAUGGUCUUUUUUUUAAAUAGGGUUCUUCAGGUUUUUUUCCUUUGUGGCUGCCUGUAAGUAAGCAAAUCUCAAGGUGUUUAAUUUGUCCAUUCUUUGAUAAUAAAUGUACUUUGAAUCUUGAAAUAAAAAAUUUAAAAUAAAUGAUAAAUAGUGAGCAUGAGAUGAAGAGUCCUUAAAAGUGAGCCCAUAUGUUAUGGGAACAGUUCAGAAAUGGGGUGAGUGAAGUUAUCCCCUCUCAAGAGCCUAAUGGUUGCAGGAUAAUUGUUCCAAAAUAUGGUAGUGUGGGUCCUGAAGUUCCUGUACCAGAAUCAUUAACAUCCUCACUGAGAUGAAGUGCUUUGAGUGGUUGGUGAUGAAACGUCAACUCCCACCUGCAAAGUGACUUGGAUGCACUCAGGUCAAUAGCAGAUGCCAUUUCAUUGGCACUUCACUCAACCCUGGAACUGGAACAUCUAGACAGUGAAAAUGCCUACAUCAGGAUACUUUUCAUUGACUCUGCUCUGCAGUUAAAACUAUCAUAACCGUAAAAUUAAUAAGCUCCAAGAUCUAGGUCUUAAUGCCUCCUUGUGCAACUGGAUCUUCAAUUCUCUCACUUGCAGACCCCAGUCAGUUUGGGUUGGCAACAUCUCCUCCCCAAUCUCCAUCAGCAAAGGUGCACCACUGUCAUUGGCCGAACCAAAUCUGGUGAUGAAUCAGCAUAAAGGAGGGAGAUUGAAAAUCCGGUUGAGGGGUGACACAACAGCCUCUCACUCAAGGUCAGCAAGACCAAGGAGCUAAUUAUUGACCAAAGCCAGAGGUCCAUGAGCCAGUCUUCAUCAGGGGAUCAGAGGUAGAGAGGGUCAGCAAUGUAAACUUCCUUGGUGGUGUCAUUUCAGAGGAUCUGUCCUGCGUCCAGCAUGUAAGUGCCAUUACGAAGGAAGCAUAGCAAUGUCUCUUAGAAGUUUGCAAAGAUUCAGCAUGUCCUCUAAAACUUUGACAAACUUCUAUAGAUGUGCAGUAGAGAGUAUACUGACUGGUUGCAUCACCACCUGGUAUAGAAACACCAAUGCCCUUGAAUGGAAAAGUCCACAAAAAAAUAGUGGAUACAGACCAGUCCUUCACAGGUAAAGCCCUCCCCACCAUUGAGCACAUCCACAAAGAGGCUGUCAUAGGAAGGCACUAUCCACCAUCCAGGCCAUACUCUUGCUGCUGCCAUCAGGAAGGAAGUACAGGUGCCUCAGGACCCACACCACCAGAUUCAGAAAUGGUUAUCACCCUUCAACCAUCUUGAAUGAAAGGGGAUAACGUCUCUCACCCCUUCACUGAACUGUUCCCUCAACCUAUGGACUCACUUACUUGCAAGGACUCUAUCUCAUGUUGAUAUUAAUUGCUUAUUUAUUAAUUAAUGUAUUGCUCUUGAACAGUUUUGUUGUAUUUUGCACAUUGGUUGUACAUCUGUCUUGCUGUGUGAAGUUUUUCAUCGAUUCUAUUUUGUUUGUAUUUACUGUGAAUGCCUGAAAGAAAAUGAAUCUUGGAGUUGGCAUAUGUACUUUUGGGGGGGGGGGGGAGACUUACAACUUUGAGCAGAAGAAAUUUGCCUGGAGUUGAAAAUUUCUUCUCCCUUCCUUUUUUUUUACACUUCCCAUUCUGCUUACCCUCUCACCUGUUCUCAUCACCUACCUAUCACCACCUAGUUCUUCUUCCCUUUCUUCACUAUCUUCUCCUAUUUGAUUCCUCCUCCUUCAGCCUUUUACUACUUCCAUCUAUUCCCUCCUCACUUACUUCAUCACCCCUCAACCAACCACCCACUUUUUCUCAUCACUCUCCUAUCACCUGCCAGCUUUUACUACUUCCCUCCUCCCCCCACCCUUCACUCUUUCAUUCUGGCUUCUGCCCCCUUCCUUUCCAUUCCUGAACAAGGCCUCACCCUGAAACAUCAGCUGUUUAUUUCCCUCCGUAGUUACUGCCCGACUUGCUGAGUUCCUCCAGCAUUGUGUGGGGUUGCCCAAAAUUUUCAGCAUUAGCAGAACCUCUUGUGCUUAUGUAUUACCACCUAAUUCCCUGUAGUUCAGAUCAUAUCCGCAGUGUGAUUAGCCCAUGGCCAUUAUUGUGAGAGUGGGAGAGCAGGUUCAUGUAGGGAAACUUUUCUCAGUUCCUUUGCCUUCAGUGCAUCUGUUCCUUGAAUGAAAUGUUCCUUUCUGGGCCUCCUCCAAAAAAUAGGGUUUUCCUUCCUCCACCAUUGAUGCUGCCCUCACCUGCCUCUCCUCUAAUGCCUGGACAUCAACACUCACCCCAUCUCCCACUUUAAUAGGGAUAGAGUUCCUCUUGUCCUCACCAACCACUCUAAGCCUCUACAUCCAAUAUGUCAUUCUCCGUAACUUCUGCAAUCUUCAUUAAGACCCUGCCACCAAACACAUCUUUACCUCCCCCACCCCCCAAUCUCCGCAUUUUGUAGGAAUCAAUCCCCCCCCCCCCAUUCCCUUGUCCAUUCAUCCCUCACCAUUAACUUCCUCUUCUGCCACAAUGAAGUCUGUCUCACGUUGAGGGGCAACACCUCAUAUUCUGUCUAGGUAGCCUCCAAACUGAUGGCAUGAACAUUGAUUACUUCAACUUGCAGUAAUACUUUUCCUCUCCCACCUUCUCUUUAUCAUUUCCCCAUUCUGAGUCAAAAUAGCAAGCAGUUGUAAUUCCAAAAUUUCAGUUUAUUUUAGAGUACAAACAAACAUACAAAUACUGAGCAAACAAAACAAAGAGCUGAGAAGCUAAGAGGGGAAUUAAUGCUAAGUGGUGUAAGACAAAGGAAUAAAGAUGGCACUUCUGAAAAAUCUAUCACUUUUAUAGAUCAGAUAAGAGAAAUUCCUUGGGUAGGAAUGAAUUAAUAGGCUACAUAAUUAAACAAUUACAUUAUGUGGGUAAUGUGCUAAUACUUAGCAAAUGAAAAAUGAGAAAGGUGAUAAACUGUUAGUUUAGCUGCUAUACCGAUUUCUGCCAGUGUGUGAAAAAUACUGAGUUUAUUUAAAAAGUACAAAUCUUAUAAAAAGUAUUAUUUUAAAAGAACAGUGGUUUCCUGUUGAGUUCUUCCAGUAUUUGUGUGUGUGUGUGUGUUGCUCUGGUUUCCCAGGAUCUCUUGUAUUCAUGACCAGACUCCGCUGUGGACGCCAUUGCAGAAUAAUGCAACUUGCAUCAUUUACCUUUACAUAAGGACUUCUGUCUCUUUAAUGAAGUGCAUGUUUCAUUGGUUGCUGCUUUUGGAAUUCAUUGUAACUUGUGUCUGAAAGGCAGCAUUUUAAGUAAUUCAUUUAUUUGAGUCUUCCAUGCUACUUCGUAGAGAUGAUGUGGCAAAAUGCUUGUAUACUGAGCUGGUUUCAAACUGUCUUGCUACUGUUGAACACCCUGUGGGAUUUGAUGUACAAGGCCUUGAUGUAUGGGUGUCCUAUAAAAUGCAGCGGUCUAAUCCCAUUUAUAAAAGAGACAGCAGAUCCUAAAGGUAGUGUCCCAGGGCAACUGUUGUGGGGCCCAAGCCUUGGAGCAUAUUGACACGAUUGAGCCCAAUGGUUAAGCAACGACUUGGGCACUGGGCCUGAUUGAAAAUGUCCAGGUGUUGGGGCCCGAGGUGAGGGACAGGCCAGUUCAGCUCGCUGCUCCACGACGAUUACUUGGCUCUGUGCUGAUCUGGGGGUCUGUGGAUGGACCCUCUUUGUAGGCCUCAGUUCAGAAAACUAUUUGGUUGCUUUCAUUGUUUGGAUGAUUUGUUUUUUUUCCCCCUCUGCACACUGGGUGUUCAAUGGUCUUUUUUUAAACGGGUUCCUUG